AUGAAGCCGUUGCUACGAAAUACUCCUGCCUGGAGCAGAGGUAAAUCCUCAACUACAAUGCAACCAGCUCUGCUCCGACCCACGCGACCGAUGUCGAUGAUGCGCACAGUGCGUCCCAGCUUGGAACCAUCAUCAUCAUCAUUAUCAUCAUCAUCGCGUUCGACCACGAUCGCUCGAUCUACAGCCCUGCGCACCUCAUCCACACCCCUCAGCGCAUUUCUGGCACGAAGCUACUCGACCGCCCCGAACCAACACCAAGUGCUGCAAUCCUUUGGCACGCCAUUCGCGCAGUUCAUCUACACCAUCUCGCGCAUAGCCCGUAUCAUCACCUUUUCCGCGCUUGGAGUCGCCACCAUCGGCGUCGUCUCGUUCGAAGCCGCUCAUCAGUAUGUCGAGCACAUUGCCAUGCCUGCUGCUUCCGCUUCCGCCUCUUCGUCUUCCUCUCCAGACGAGUACGGGUGGAGCGAGCAGGCGCUCGAGGAGUCGUGGUCCGGAUCGCCAGACAAGACGGGCACAGACCCCAGGCUGGGGAUCAAGGGCCGACACGCCGUACGAUCCGCGUGGAUGUGCGCCAACUGGGGCGGCGGCAUCUCGCCUGGUGUCAUGUUUGGCGGCGCGGCGGGCAAUGCCGGUCUGGGAAGGACCGCAAUCACUUCGAUGGGUUCCGCAAAGACGUUGAAGGUGGAUGAUGGAAUGAUCCUGGCCAUGCAGUACCUCAACUUGGCCGUCAAGAUCGCAGCGGCUAAAGGCUUCAAGCUUCCUGAUACAGACGCCAUUCGGGCUGGGUUGAUUGGAGAAGAGGCGGCAAGGCAACAGCUGAGCAACGUCGACCCGUUGGCGCUGGCUCUCGAGGCGAGGUUGGCCGCAGUCAAGGAGCGACAGGGAAGCAGAGGUGCAUUGGAGUCGGCAAUUGCGAGUUACGAGAAGCUGUACGAUGUAGCGAGCUUGACAACGGGUGGAAAGGGGGAGCAGGCGAGCAGAUUGGUGCGACUUGCUACGAAGCUCGGUGAUCUCCAUUCGGCGUUGGAGAGGAGAGAGGAUGCCGAGGAGUGGCUCAACAAGGCUGUUAGCAUUGCUGCGACUGCUGGAGCGAGCACGCCCGAGCUGGACCAGAAGCUUGUUGUAAAGCAAGUCAAGGAGACAGCACCGGAAGAGCAAGGCAAGAGUCGGUUGGGAGGGUGGUUCUCAAGAUCCAAACCAUCGGCCAAGGACACCACGCUCACGUCAGCAGCCAAAUCCUCCGCCGUAGCAUCUCCAGUAACCCCGCAUUCCGGCGCAGAACCAACACCAGCACUCACGCGCUCGCUCAUCACCGCUCUCGUUUCGAAAUCCGCCCUGCACGCGCACACGCCCACCACAGCAUCCCUGCAACAAGCACUGCAAACCCAGAUGUCGGCGCUCCAACUCUCUUCCGCCGAACUCAACCGGCUCGUCUCCACCACCUCGUCGACGUCGUCGCCGCAAUCGCAGCUGCAUACGCUGUGGCUCACCCACCACCAGUCCAUCUUGGAUCUGCACGUCGCCGAGACCAUCUAUGCCCUCACGCGCGGCUCUUCGUCGUCGGCGGCGGCGAAAAGCUUGAUCCCGGCAUGGUUCAAGUCGUCAGCAGCGAAAGGAGAGGGGGAGAAGUCGAUCGAGUGGCUGAACCAGGCCGAGGGCAGGGCGGAGCGUGUGAUUGCUGCCCUGGAGAAGAGCGGUGCGGGUACGGGUACGGGUAGGAAGAAGGGGGGUGCAGGGGAGAGCGUGGUGUUGGGCGAGAGGUGGAUGCGAGAGAAGGAGGUAGAGGUGGCGGCGAUGAGGAUUUUGAGGGAUGCCAAGAGGGUACAAGCGACGGCCAAGAGGAGUAGGAGCACUUUGGAGGCUUUGUGA